GCGCGCAGGCGCGGAGGCUGCUGCGCUGUAGUGGGGAGCAGAGGUUGCACUCCGCGCGUGCAAAGUGCCCGCGUCGCGCAGUGCCUGGAGGAUGAAGUGAAUCGUGCUCAGUGAGUGAUAAAGUGAUGAGUGCAUUCGUGUGAAACACCGGGCCUGGAUCCCGCGGCCGCGAUGCCGGUGGAGGGGCAACGGUGCAUUUGCGUCGUUGUGCUCCUUAUUCACACCGUCAUCGGAGCUGGAGAAGCGCCAACAUCGUCUCCCCCAACACUGAAGCCCGAACACAACGAGCUGACGGUCACGUUCCCGCCGCUGGAUGAUCUCUACCACACGCCUGAGAAGCACUUCGCAACUGAAAACAACACGGUUGUGACUUCCCAAAUCGGCUCCACGGCUCUGUUACCGUGUGUCAUUAGAAAUAUUGGUGAUGGAAUUAUAUCAUGGAUAAGAAGAAAAGACUAUCACCUCCUCACAGUCGGCCUGACCACAUACAGCUCCGACCAGAGGUUUCAAGCCAUACAUCUACAGCAUUCAGAGGACUGGACACUGAAAGUGAAGUUCGUCCAAAGUCGUGAUGCGGGCAUUUACGAGUGCCAGGUUUCAUCUCAUCCGCCCACUAGUAUAUUUCUACGGCUAGAUGUCGUUGAGGCACGCGCGCAGAUUUCGGGUCCCACUGAGAAGUAUCUGAAGCCAGGCUCGACAUUACGCCUGCAGUGCGCCAUCGUGCAGACAACGGAGGCACCAGCUUUUGUAUUCUGGUAUCAUAAUAGCCGCAUGAUAAACUACGACGCCGAGCGCGGCAUCAACGUGACCACCGACGCCGCGCAGCGCGUCUCGGAUCUACUGAUACCGGCGGCGUCUGCGCAACACGCCGGCAACUAUACCUGCGUGCCCAACAACGCCGUUCCUGCUAGUAUUUACGUCCACAUAUUUAAUGGUGAAAACCCAGCGGCCAUGCAAUCGUCAUCGCCGAGCUACUACAUCCUGGGCCACUUCCUAUUACCAGCGCUAACGAUAUUAAACCUCUCCCUUAGGUGACAAUCGUAAGCUUAACUGCCUUAGCAGAACGUAGCUAAGCUAAAUAUCUAUUUCUGAAAUCUUUGUAGGACGGUUCGUUUUUGCGUGAAUCGAGUUAGCGUUGUAGGUAUUAAUAGCGA